GGUCUGCGGUAAGGGCUCUAGCCCGGCCGCCACGGCGUUAAAUACAACAACAACAACAACAACAACACGCUGGACGCUAUUUACGAAGACAAAACGAUGCAGAGCUUGUUCACGGCGACCGACCCAGAGAUACACAAGGCUCUCAAGCGACCAGUGGCACAGAAAUACUCCAUGACAUCUAUUCGAACCCUCGAGUAUCUGGUGGAUCCCUGUACAAAGAUGUUCACGGAUGCCAUGACCGAUAUGCAGGGGCAAGUGGUCGACUUGGGCGCAUGGGUUCAGUGGUACGCAUUCGACGUCAUUGGUGCCAUCACGUUCUCCCGCCGCUUCGGGUUCAUGGAGACCCGGUCCGAUGUCAAUGAUGUUAUUUCUGGCAUCGAGACCGGGCUCAUGUACGGCGGUAUCAUUGGGGAGGUGCCUUAUUUGCAUAAGUUUCUCCUGGGUAACGUCACGUUGAGGAAGGUGAUGGAAAAGCUCGGAGUUCCAGAUCCGUUGCCAAUAGUUAUGAAUAUGGUGAUGGAGGGCCUCGAAGAUUACGAUGCCAAACAAGACUCGUCUGAACGAGGAGAUUUCCUGGCGUAUUUGCGACGAGAGCAGGCGUCUACUGGCGAACACAUUAGCACUCGAGAUAUGAUGAACCACUUGAUGGGAAACCUGCUGGCUGGCAGCGAUACGACUGGCAUCGCCCUCCGAGCUCUUUUCUACUAUGUUUUGCGUGACAAGCGCGUGUAUGAUAUCCUACAAAAGGAGAUCGACGAAGCACAAGCAAAAGGAGAACUAUCGCCCGUGGUCACGUUCGGCGAGAGCCAAAAGCUCGAAUACCUCCAAGCAUGCAUCAAAGAAUCUAUGCGGAUGCACCCGGGCGUAUCCUACCCCCUCGAGCGCAUCGUCCCCAAGACGGGCGCCGAAAUCUCUGGGUUCCACCUACCGGCCGGCACCAUCGUAGGCAUGAACGCCGCCGUGAUCCACCGCGACCGCAGCAUCUUUGGCGACGAUGCCGAUACCUUUAGGCCCGAGCGCUGGCUCAGCGACGACAUUGACGCUGUCAAGAUAAUGGACCGGCAUAACAUGAGUUUCGGUGCUGGUGUACGUACUUGUAUUGGCAAGAAUAUUUCAAUCAUGGAAGUUGGAAAGGUAGUGCCUCAAAUAUUGAGGCAGUUCAGCCUCGAAUGGGCGUCGAGCGAGACGGAGUGGCAGGUGACGACGUAUUGGUUUGCGAAGCAGUCGGGCUUGCUGGUUCGGUUCAGCCCACGGACGUCGGAGAUCAUAGCUAGCAAGGAAUGAGGCACUGGCUAGUCAAGAUGUGGCAAUAUUAUGUGCGGAUAUACAUUUGCAGUUCUUUGGAAUAUUAGUGUGCGAUGUAAUACCUUAGUGUAAGUUUGGCUCAUACGACGUAGCUCGAUCGUAACCUUCGUUAUGCAAAUGGGUUGUUCAAC